UGAUCAUUUAACCAUCACAAACAUUCCAUUCAGAUUCUUCAAACACAAUGAAGCUCGCCAUCCUCCUCUCCACCGUCGCUCUUGUCGCGGCCCUCCCUGCCCUCGAGGCAGAGAAGCGUGGCAGCUGCAUCCUUGACACCAACGAAGACGGUACUCUCACCAAGCGUUGCAGUAUCCCCUGGACCAAGAACUACGGCGAGUACGACGAGGACGAGAACCUUGAGAAGCGUGCUUGCAUUCUUGAUACCAAGGAGGACGGUACCCUCACCAAGCGCUGCAGCAUCCCUUGGACUAAGAACUACGGCGAGUACGAUGAGGAUGAGAAUGUCCAGAAGCGUGCUUGCAUCCUUGACACCAAGGAGGAUGGUACCAUCACCAAGCGCUGCAGCAUCCCCUGGACCAAGAACUACGGCGAGUACGAUGAGGAUGAGAAUGUCCAGAAGCGUGCUUGCAUCCUUGACACCAAGGAGGAUGGUACUAUCACCAAGCGGUGCAGCAUCCCCUGGACCAAGAACUACGGUGAAUACGACGAGGCUCCAUCGGACUCAGCUUAG